AUGGCAUUGUCAGCAUCCGGACCGUUUCCUGCUAUCUCUGGUCUAUUCACACCUAUCUUCCAACAGCCUGAUAUUCCUACCAUCGCCACCGAGCUAUGUGGAUUUUUCUUGCAACACAAAUGGGACAUUGAGAUUUCGCAUUUGACAAGCGGCUACUGGUACAACUCGGCGCUGCAGGGCCAAGUCCGAGUGGACGAGACUUAUCACAAUGCAUAUGGCUCUUCCUUGUUCGACUACACCAAUAUCAGUACUACUGGUGCUAUCAACAAUCGCAUGUUUACUGUUAAUCCCAGUGCAGGAAGUCCCCCUGUCUACUUCGAAGCAUACAUCGACAGUCCAGGUUUUCCUUUAAUUACCAGCAAUUUCCUGCAAUCGGCGAAUGCGACAUUCGGUGGAAUUGUUAAUAAACCAUUCCUAGGUCACGUACAGACUUGGAAUCUGCUCUUGGCGGACACCAUCUCAGUCAUCGUGUAUUUGGACAAUGGUUCCAUCCCAAUCAUGCAAGGCUAUGACUUCUGGGGUACAGACAGACGGACCAAAGUUGUCACAAGAUUUUGGGCACAUGAGUCUGCGAAUAUAUCGUCCGAGGUGUUUGUCGACUUUCCUCCGCUUAUCAAGAACUCAGAGCCUUCUAUGACUUCGAUGCGGUCUCGUUGCUGA